UGUGGCCUUCGGCUAGUGGGUGUUAAUGCAAACCUUGGGUAUGCCUUUUCGGGAUAUAAACAUUAAAGUUGGAGCGCUGUAACCGAGUUUAACACUGUUUCUCCAGUCAUGCCGACGUCCCCAGUAAAGGGCAGGAUCCCUCUCUCCAGCUUUGGCCAUCUCAUAACGGAGGUGAAGAGACAGCUGUUUGGCAUUGAGGCGCCAGCUGCUGUGGAGCUGACUGGAUGGAGGAAAUAUUUUAACAGCUACACUCUGCAAGGGAGACGUAAUUGUGUAUUGGCUACCUAUGGGGUUUUGGUUCUCUCAGCUGCUGCCUACCUUAUGCACAGUCGCAACAAAGAGGGAAGGCAGACAUCCAGCUCAACUACCUGAAGAACACUGAUCUCUCUUAUUCAUCCUCCAUCAAUCCAUUCAGAUAUGUUUCAUUGAGUAAGCAUGAUUUGCAGGAAGGGAAUAUUUGACACGACAUCUGUGUGAACGUUAUAUUUACUGAUUCAAGGAUUACUCGCUUAUGUACAUGAAUACAUACUUAAUAUAUAAAUAUU